AUGACAGAUGAUUUCUUUAACAUAGACUUUGAAGACAAUUGCCAACAAUCCUAUCAAUAUCAAUUCACUAGUAGUAGAGAUAGUGGCAUGUCAUCUGAUGAUACACAUUAAAAAAAUGUAUAAAUUAAGAAAAAACAUAUUACUAAAAACUAUGAACCAAUCUAUGAAAAUAAUAUUGUAUAUAGAUAUGAAGAUAAUCCAGAAUAAUAUAAGAAAAUUAGAAAGUAUAUUAUAAUAUUAUUCAAAGAAAACUUUAAAAUAGAGAAUCUGCUAAUAGAGUUAGAGGAAGGUAAAAGAAUUAUGUUUAAGAUAUGGAAUAAGAACUACUUGAUAUAAAAAAAGAAAAUCAAAAUCUUUAAAUGUUGAAUGCAAAAUUACAUGCUGAAAAUGUAGUUCUAAAAUAAUAAGUUGAAUUUAUGUAAAAUCUAAUUAUUCAAUCUCAACCUCAUCAAAAUGAAACCACAUUACAAAGAGACACUACUAAAAAUAGUCAUUUAGCUACUUUAACAGCCUUCUCAGUUAUACUAGGAUUUGCAUUUCUAAAUGGAGGACAAAUAGAAUCAAAAGAAUCCAUCAUGGGGGCAAAAGAACAAUCAAAUGAUCCAAUUAUUUCUGAUCCAAUCAUUGUCACUCAUUCAAUUAAACCUUUUUUAUUAGGUUCUGCAAUUUCUCUUUGGCUCGUAUAUGCUCUCUAUGUUGUCUAUAAAGUGUUUUUGAAAAAUAAAUUUAAAAAGAAAAAAGUUAUUUGA